AUGGCUCAAAGAAGUUCUCAGUUGAAAAUGGCGAAUAUGCGCAUACAACUACAAGCAAAUGAGCUCUUUGACAAAGGAGAGUAUCAGAAAGCACUAGAAAAGCUCGAUGAGAUCGCUCCCGCCAACUGGAUGGGAAUUCAUUUCUUCAAUCAAUCUCGAUUUCAUUUGAAAAAUUCAAACAAAGAUGGCGCCAUCGAGUCGCUCAGAACUUUCGUGAACAAAGACAAAACAUCCGCCAUUGGAUUCUUUCAUCUUGCCACGCUGCUUUAUCAACAAGGACAGUACAACGAGGCGGAGAAGAACUAUGAAAAGGCAUUCGAUAGUUUGAGAGGGAACGAACUGGUGGAUUACCGACCUCUGCAACUGGCUGUUACGCUAAGGGUGUCAGAUGUGGCUUACAACCUUGCAGUCGCCGCGGUCAGAAACGGCAGUUCCGAAAACUUUGUGAAAUUCAUCGAAAUCGCCCUUGAAAACGCCGAAGAAAUCGAGCGACAUCGCGACAUUCGCCACCUUGAAGCUCUGCGGGAAUCGCCGUUAAAUCAAAUACCAUUGACGAAAUUCCCAUUAAUUGAAAUUUCGCCAUUUGCGGUUUUCCGUGUUUCGCAAAAGGUGAAGGCAAGUUUGAAUUCGAAUCCGAUAAAGAAGGCGACUGCCAAGGCUGUUGGUGGAGAUGGUGAAGCGGGAUUUACUCCGGUCGCAGCGCCAGUGAUUCCCAAACAUUUUCGCGCCUCGGAUAUGACGGAGGCCCCCUUAUCAGCUAAGCUACAAAGCGUGGCACGAAAAGAAACGGAGCGAUCAAUUAGCAAAGGUCGAUCAACCUCUCCGUCAAUUUCGGCGCUGCUCGCUCAAUCUGGAAUCACUUUACCGGGCGUAGACGCUGCUGGUCGCCGAGCUGGUAUUACAGGAGCGGCGGGAAUGAAUUCGAGCCCCGCCCCGCCAUCCCGGCCGCCUCCCCUAGCUCGGGAAAAUUCUAGAGGCUCCAGUGGAGGAAAGCCUUCACCAAAACUCUCUCCAAAGAGUUCAAAGCUCGAAUCGAGUUCACCCGUGACGAAAUCAGCGAAAUCCCUGGAUUCAAGAGGCUCAAGUACUCAAAAACUCGACAAAGAAGCAAAGAAAACAACGCUUAUGAAUAAUACUGUAGCUGACGGCAGUCCACUGGCGCGGAAAGAAGAGCUCAAAGCGCCGAGUGUUAAAAGUGUCAAGUCAGAUAAAAGCAAGAAAUCAAAGAAAUCUUCUUCAAAGACGAAAUUGUCCGAUGAAAAAUCAGCUCCGUUUCCGGAAGGCUCGGGCGAUCAAAAAAUUCAAUGUAACGACAAAAAAGAUGAGAAGCGAUUGGAAGUCAAGAUUCCACCAGAAAGCAACGGUCUGAACGAAAGGGUGAGGCUUUGUGUCAAUGUCCAGCUUGAUCUCGACCUUGAGGUCGACCGAAAUAUCGACUUAGACUCGAUUAUGCUAAGAAUAAGAGACAGAAUUCACAGCAUGGCUUCUGUUGUUAGUUCCAAUUCAACAUCUCCUUGCUUAUUACACAAUGAUGAACCCGUAACGGAUGAAGAACAGUUCAAGAAGACGCUCCAAGACACAAAUGCUGUAAAUUUAAAGCUCAAAUGA